AUACUAGGUACCUCGGUACUACGACAUCGCAGUAUAUAACGGACGUUGGUACGGGCGCAUUGUUGGGAUCGAUCUUCUUUAUUCAUCACCCCCAUACAUACGUACGUUUCGCACAAUCCUCCGUCCUUUGCAUUGUUCCUAAGAACUAUCCCUUCGUUUGUCUUUCCUUUCAGAAAGGCCGCCCCUCUGACAUCUCGAAUAAAUCAUCCGAGGGUUCUCGAUCCAUCCUCAUGGAACUCAAGUCGCAAACUGCCCGCCCGUCACUCUGCUAUUCGCGUACCGGAGGAUCCAAGACUUGAUACGAACCUCUCCUACCUACCGCGACUGUCCGCGGACUGACUCGACCUCGUUCCAAAACCUCGCAACGUUCAAAUAUCGCUCCGUAAGAAUGCACGACUUGCGAAAGAAAGUUUUCGAGAGCAACAAGACUAUCUCUCGAAAGGCUCGCUCUCGCCAGCAGUCUGGGCAGGGAUCGCCGGCUAGUUCCCGUGCGGGCUCUCGGGCCCCCAGCCUACAGCCCUCUGAUGACGAGCACUCCAGCGAUACCGAUUGGGAUGAUGGCUUGACCGUUUCCGUCGCCAACUCGGAGUACAGUGACGACACGCCUCCGGCAUCCCGCUCGGAGGCCCUGCAUAACCACAUUGUGGACCUACUAGAUCAGAAGCGCAGCAGCGUACAAGAUCGAGAAGUCAAACUCGCAGCCUACGCGCACAUGCUCCGACACCACCCAAAUGCCGCUGUCGACGAGAUCAAUCAGCAGAUCAACGACCUCAUCCCUUUGUUCCUGAAGGCCGCGCGGGGUUUCAUAACAUCGCUAGAGACGGUCAACGCUAUCAAAGCCCUCACGGUGACAAUCCUCUCGACAGAGCUCGAGACGGCAUACGGUCGCGUGUAUCCAACGCUGAAGGGCAUCUGCCAGGACUUGGACGAUGAAUCGGUCAAGGUCGCAGCUAUCAGAGCCAUGAGCGUUGCGACGAUGUGUGGUGGUGGUGGCACAGCGGAAGCAGAGGAAUUGAUGGAAUUCCUUCUUGACAUCGUUGAGACCGACGGGCACGUCAUAGAGGCUGGCGACAGCGGCCCUGUGGUUGCCGCAGCUCUAGAUGCCUGGGGAUUUGUUGCCAGCAAUAUCGACGACCUCGAAGAAGAGAGCACACGCGCGCUGGAGGCUUUUUCGGAACAGCUUAACAGUACCGACGUUGACGUCCAGGUCGCCGCCGGAUCCAACAUCGCCUUACUCUUAGAGGCCGCACGCGUGUAUGAGGACGAGACGGGGGAAGCCUGGAACAUGCGCUACGACCAGGACCAACUUCUCUCGCAGCUGGCUGCUCUCACUAAGGAAUCCUCUAAAUCGAUAUCCAAGAAGGACCGAAGACAUCUUCAUACGAGUUUUAACAGCGUCAUUACUUCUCUGCAGCAUGGCAAAGGUCCCGGGUACUCGACUGCCCGCCGCCUGGCAACAAACCCCCACACCGGCGGAAACAAGACCGACUUCCGGGCGGACUUUCAAGAAUACGGUUACCGAGAAAAGCUACGAAUUCAGAACAUUACCAUCCUCAUCGAUACCUGGUCCCUGUCCGCUAGAGUAAGGAUGCUCAAGUCCGUUCUCGGCAGUGGCCUCGCCAAUCACUACACGGACAACCAGGUGGUUAAAGGGCUACUGAGCGGUGCCCACGCUGAGUACACCCAAUCGUCGGCACAGAAGAAGAAUAGGGGUGAUAAGUCGUCCGAGGGCGGGAAAAGGCCAUCAAGAGGAAAGGGUGGUUUCUGACCGUCAUCUCUCGUCCACAUAUAUAAUAGUGAUAGAGACGGCCCCUCUCGCCUUGUCACUUGCGCACCAUACCGGGCUCGAGAGACCACCCAACCUUGGAUGCGCUCGAGUGCCGUUCUAAUUCGCGGUCGCACAUGUAGGGCCCACGGGUUGAUAGAGUGCGUGCCCGCGCCUAUGCCUAUACAGUUACUCGAGAACAUUAUUUUCACGCAUCGGAUAGCCCAGCUUAGUUAGAUAUAUAAGGAGCGUAGCAAUCGAUCGGAUCAUUUCGCA